CAGCCCGAAUUCGGUGCAUUUCGUUCCUUUCGUCGACAAUCGGCUCUACUUCGACCCGAAUCCUUUGUUUCGCAUCGAACCAGCUCUUAUGGAUCUCUCCAACUUGGAGCACGCUCUACAAUCGUCCAGAAGAAAGUUGCAACGUCAUCACCAUCAUCAUCAUCAUCAUCAUCAUCUUCAUCGCAAUCAUCAUCAUCAUCAUCAUCAUCGUCGUCAUCAAAAGAAGCACCGGCGCGUGGUCAGUGAUCCAGGCACAAGAAAUUGGAACACCGAUGAUCUAGAAGUGAAACGACAUCGUAGAAUGUUUAGCUACGACACUGGUAUCACUGGGCUCAGAUUGUUGGAGACACCGGUAACCGAGGCUGACAAGGAGGUUCUAUCACCUGACGAGACGAAGACGUCGACAUUCAGGAAAGUGCCAUGGCAUCCGAACUUGCACAUGCUCAAAAUCAGAAGAACGUAGCACGGUAAAAUGACGUACGAUCUGGGUCGUUGGAAUGAUUCGACGGGAAAUAUCCAACCAGAGUUGCACGAUCGUUUCGUUACGCGCUUUUCACUCUUCUUUCUAGAAUCAGAAUUCUUUCUAUUCAUUUAUUAUAGAUAUCCUUUAGAUCGUUCCAUGGUCAGUUAUAGUUUAGUCAAGGGAAUUAUUUCCAAAGCUUGAAAAAAUCUGUAAAAAAUGAAAGUCUAAAUAAGUGAAAAUGUAAGAAGAGAAUUUAUAGACGUCGAGUUGUUACUUGAUGGAAUAACGGGUAACGAUUAUCCCUAAGAGUACAGUACCUUCUUUUUCUUCAUUUUACGUGCAAUAUUAUCGUUUGUAAGAAAUAAACAGGUAGGAAUUUAUUUAUUGUGCAAGUCAUGCAGAUAGUACGUUUUAACUAUUAGCCAUCGAGGUUAGGUUUUUUAUUUUUCUCAAGCAGAACUAUGUGAUUAUUAUCGUUAAACCGCGUAACAUUUCUCUUUUGUAUAUAUUUAUUUACGAGUGUUCUGCCGGUGAAUAAGAACUGUUGAUAUUUAUACAGAACUAUAUGAUAUAUUUAUUGAAAUCACGGUACAUCGUAUGGCAGUUUAUGCUUUUAACAAAGCAUAUUAAAAGCGAUGUAUUAUUCGUUGGAUGGCCAACUCAUAUUAUCCAUUCGAUGUUCAUGAAAUUAUAAUAAAAUCCUUUCCUGUUACGAAAGCGAAAAGCAAUAUGUAUUUGAAUUAAUUAAAAUCAUGUUACAAGUACUUUACUCGUGGCAUCUAAUCUGUCACAAACAUUCUGUACCCCUUCUUUAUAAAUAUAUACAAUUUCAGUAAUUUGAAGAAAAAAAAAAAA